AUUUUCACAAAUAAAAAUUAAACAAGUGCAUGUGUUUGAUAUAAAAUUUUGUAUAAUUCAUGUUUUAAGUGAUAAGUACUCAACAAAAUGAGUAAAUCUUGUGCGCGAUGUGAAAAAACUGUGUAUCCUAUUGAAGAAUUAAAAUGUCUUGAUAAAAUAUGGCAUAAAGGUUGUUUCAAAUGUCAAGGAUGUGGUAUGACCUUAAAUAUGCGUACGUACAAAGGUUUCAACAAACAACCUUAUUGCGAAGCGCAUAUUCCAAAAGUAAAAGCAACGACAAUGGCUGAAACACCUGAAUUAAAACGAAUCGCUGAAAAUACAAAAAUUCAAUCAAACGUUAAAUAUCAUGCAGAUUUCGAAAAAAGUAAAGGCAAAUUUACACAAGUAGCUGAUGAUCCAGAAACAUUAAGAAUAAAACAGAAUAGUAAAAUUAUUAGCAAUGUUGCAUAUCAUGGUGAUUUAGAAAAGAAAGCCGCUAUGGAACAAAAAAGAACGCUUAAUGAAAAUGGUGAUUAUGUUGAUGUACCCGAGGAAAUAAAUACUCAUAUAAACAAACCUCAACAUCAUCAAACCUCACAUGCUCCCUCUUCAUUACAUCAUGCUCAACCCCAAUCUCAAUCCCAUCAUCAUAACUCACAUGUGGCCACAUCUCAAACACCCAUAACAAAUAAUCAACAUCAUCAGCAACAUCAGCAUCAGCAUCAACAUCAACAAGUCAAUAAUCACCAUCAAACAAGUCAUUAUCAAACACCAACCAAUAUGAAUAAUCCUUCAGCGGUCUUUGUACAACAUGAACAAUCAACAAUUGCAAAUCAACAAGGUGGUUAUGCUAGCAAUGUACCUACGUCUAGUUAUCAUCACGGUUAUCCACCUGGUGCACAGACACCGACACAUGGUGGCCAUCAUCAUGCUGGUCAUGGUGGUAUUGGUAAGAUUAGUGAUUAUGAUCCGUUAACUGAUCAGCCAAGAAAUUCACCGUAUUCAGCUAGACAAAGUUCAACGGUUAUUUAUACGUCGAAUCAAGGUGCAGUAACGAAUCCACCACAAAGAAGAAUUGGUUCUGUCUCAGAUUUAGAUCCUGUAAAUGAUGUGUACGGUUCUUUAAGCAACGAUUAUCGAGGUGGGAAUGCGAAUCAUCAUCAACAACAAUAUACAAACAAUCAUCAUAGUAACGUGGUACAACAAAAUACACAACAACCUCCGCCACCAUCUACACAAAAUGCAAACAAUUUAACUGGGCGUGUGUAUCGAGCUUUAUACGAUUAUGAAGCACAAGAUGCUGAUGAAGUGUCAUUUUUAGAUGGUGAUUUAAUUGUACAAGCAGCUAGUGUUGAUGCUGGUUGGAUGACUGGUACUGUACAACGUACAGGACGUACGGGAAUGUUACCAGCAAAUUAUGUUGAACGUGUUGUUAUUUAAAAAAAAAAAUACAUAAAAACUAACAAAAAAAAAUUAAUUUUUUAAUCGAGAUUAAUCAAAUGCCUUUUUCAAAGCUAUUAAAUAUAUAUUAAUGACACCCCCAUCAAUUAAUCAUUU